ACCUUCUGCCCAAAUGUGCCUGAUCAAACAAAUCCUCUGGAGCAAUGUAUUGGUACAAGUAGGCCUCUAUGCCAUUUGAGAGGCAGUCUAAUGUCAGGAUGAGGGCUGUAUAUGUAUUAAUGAUCCUGCUGCUCCUGUCGUCUGUGGCUGAACUUAAAAACAAUGAUGAUAUCAGAAAGAAUAUUAUCCAGGCGGAAAGUAAUGGAGGAGAGGAUGUUCGAGAUAGGAACCUGGUUGACCAGCAAGUUGCCAAUCAAGCUGAUUUUGACAGAGAGCUGAGAGAGCUGCAGGCUGUGGUGAAGAAGCUGGGCGAAGUGGCGGUGAGGCACACCAUAGCCCUGACGACCACUGAGUCUGAAGUGACGGGUCUGGAAACACGGCUGAGGGCCGGCGAGCUCAAGGCGGAGGAUCAGGGAAAGCUGGCGGCCGGGCAGACGCUGCGCCUGAACUCGGUCACCUCUGACAUGAGAGAAGUGGAGUCCAGAGUGGAAACCAGCGAGAGGCAGUCACAGCAGCACCAGACAAAAAUCACCCAGCUGGGAUUGAAGCUGGAGGUUGCGCAGAUGCAGCUGCAGGCCAGCAAGAAACAGGUGGACAGACUCCAGGAGGAAAACACAGCCAUGGAAACCAGACUGGAAGCCAGUGAGAGUUGUCUUAAUGAGAUGAAGAAGAUGUACGAAGAACAAGUGGCCUACCUGAAAGACAUGGAGGCCAGGCUGAGAAUAAGUGGAGAUAAGGUGGAACAGCUUGAAAGACAGCAGACAGCUCAAGAACUCACAUUAGAGACCCUCGAAAACAAGUCAAGCGCCAUGGAGAGUCAGGUGAAACAACAACAGACAGUGGUGAUGGAGAUGGAUGUUCAAGUGGCUAUAUUAAGAAGAGACAAUGCAGACCUGGCAUUGGAUGUAGGGGCUAUAGAGAUGAGGUCAAACUCGACUGAGAUGCUGGUUCAGAAACAGGGGAGUCAGGUGGUGGCACUGAAGACAGAAGUUGAGAACAUAAAGAAGGAAAAUGCAGCCCAGAGCAUGGAGUUGGUAGCCCUGCGUGACAUAUCCAACUCCACAGGGACGUGCUUAGAGGAACAGCAGGCAGCAGUGGUGCAGGUGAAGUCUACAGUAAACACGCUGGAAAAAGAGAAUGCAGCUCAAGAACUCACAUUAGAGACCCUCAAAAACAAGUCAAGCACCAUGGAGAGUCAGGUGAAACAACAACAGACAGCGGUGAUGGAGAUGGAUGUUCAAGUGGCUAUAUUAAGCAGAGAGAAUGCAGCUCAAACCUCGGAACUCUCAGCAUUGGGUGAAAGAUCAGGGGCCUUGGAGAGCCAGGUGGAAGCACAGAUCACUGCAGUGGAGAAGCUGAAAGAUGGGAUGGACAUCCUGAACACAGAGCAUGCAGCGCAAGAUCUGGAAUUAAGAGCUCUUAUCGUCAGAUCAAACACCACUGAGAAUCUGCUGAACAGUCAGAUGAGUUUGGUGACAGAGCUGAGGACAAAUAUGGAGGAGCUGAAGAGGGAGAACGCUGACAGACCUAAGGUUGGAUUUUCAGCCUCCAUAGGCGUUAAUGGAUAUGUGGGUCCAUUCUCAUCGGACACAAAAAUGAUCUACGAAAAUGUCUUAUCAAACAUCGGAAACCAGUACGACUCAGCAACAGGUAUCUUCACAGCUUCAGUAAGGGGACUAUAUUACUUCAGAUUCACGACUUGUGGACAGCUGCAAUCAAAUCAAGUAACAGGGGCCCACCUAUACAAAAAUGACCAGGCCAUUACAUUUGUGGCCGAGUGGGAUACACACGGCUAUUUCAGAUAUGCAUCUAAUGCAGCUGUCCUGCAGCUGGAGGUGGGAGACAUCGUUUACAUCCAGCUCCCCAAGACUUACAGAGUCUUUGGUGAUAAGACUAAUGUCAGCACCUUUAGUGGUUUCUUGGUGUCACCACUGUGAUGAAUGUGUGGGAAUUAAAAGCAAUAAAUAAAAUUAACUUAAAAUAUGGAAACC